UGCUGGAACUCCCCACCCCCACCUCCUUCCCUUCAUCACACUAAAACUUCAUCCAAAAUGGCUUCCGCUGCUUUGAAAACGAUCAAUCCAAACUCGGAUGUCGCUCGACGCGGUCAAGCGCUCCAGCUCAACAUUACUGCUGCGAUCGGUCUUCAAGAUGUUUUGCGAUCCAACUUGGGUCCUCGAGGAACCAUCAAAAUGCUGGUCGAUGGUGCUGGUGCCAUUAAGCUCACAAAGGACGGAAAGGUCCUGCUGAAUGAAAUGCAAAUCCAACAUCCUACCGCUGCUAUGAUUGCCAAGGCUGCUACAGCACAAGAUGAAAUCACAGGCGACGGUACUACGUCGAUUGUCUUGCUGGUUGGUGAGCUUUUGAAGCAGGCGGAGCGCUACGUGUCGGAGGGUCUCCAUCCACGUGUCAUCACCGAAGGUUAUGAUAUCGCCAAAAAGGAAGCUUUAAAGUUCUUGGAAGAAUUCAAGACGCCAAAGGUUGAAUCCGACCGUGAGUUGCUCGUUUCUGUCGCCCGUACCUCGCUUCGCACCAAAGUCCACCGCCAAUUGGCCGAUACAUUGACUGAAGCUGUUGUCGAUUCUGUACUUGCCAUUCAAAAGGAAGGCGAACCUAUUGAUUUGCAUAUGGUGGAAAUCAUGAAGAUGCAACACCGUUCUGAAACCGAAUCGCGACUUGUCCGUGGUCUCGUCAUGGAUCACGGUGCUCGCCAUCCCGAUAUGCCCAAGAAGGUCACUGAUGCUUUCAUCCUUACUUUGAACGUCAGCUUGGAAUAUGAAAAGAGUGAAAUCAACUCGGGCUUCUUCUACUCGAACCCUGAACAACGUGAAAAGCUUGUUGAGAGCGAACGAAAGCACGUCGAUGACAAGAUCCGCAAGAUUGUCGAAUUCAAAAACACUAUCUGCACGGGUGAAAACGCCGAAAAGGGCUUUGUCAUUAUCAACCAAAAGGGUAUCGACCCUCUUUCCCUGGAUAUCCUUGCCAAGCACAACAUCUUUGCCCUCCGUCGUGCCAAGCGACGCAACAUGGAGCGUCUUCAACUGGCAUGCGGCGGUGUUGCUCAGAACUCGGUCGAAGAUCUUUCGCCUGAUGUGCUCGGCUAUGCGGGAUUGGUGUAUGAGCACGUAUUAGGCGAGGAGAAAUAUACCUUUGUGGAGGAUGUCAAGGACCCCUACAGUGUCACGAUUCUUAUCAAGGGCCCCAACCCGCACACGAUUGCACAAACCAACGACGCAGUACGUGAUGGUCUUCGUGCCGUCAAGAACGCUGUGGAAGAUAAGUCAGUGGUUGCCGGUGGUGGUGCUUUCGAGGUGGCAUGCGCACAGCAUCUUGUAGAGUUCAAAAAGACCGUCAAGGGCCGUGCUAAAAUGGGCGUGCAGGCCUUUGCAGAUGCUCUGCUUAUCAUUCCCAAGGUGCUCGCUCAGAACGCCGGUUUCGAUGCCCAGGAUGUUAUUGUGGCCCUCCAAGAAGAACAUCAAGACGGCCAUGCCGUCGGUGUAGACUUGAAGACUGGUGAUACCAUGGACCCCAAGAUUGAUGGUGUUUGGGAUAACUAUAGAGUGCAUCGUCAUAUGCUUCACUCGUGCUCUGUGAUUGCUAGCAAUCUGCUAUUGGUAGACGAAAUGAUGCGUGCAGGACGGACGUCUUUGAAGGGCCCUGACGCUAUGGCUUAGAUGUGAUAAUAAUAAAUAAAAAGAGAAAUUGGGGUAGCAAGAUUUUUAUACGAUUAACAAACAGACAUUCAUACGAACAGAAGAAGAACAAAAAUAUAUAGGCAUCAUUUUCAAAAAAAAAUAUAGUUGAAUGCAAACUCUUAUAAUUAAAGGGAAAAAAG